AUGUUAGAAGAGAUGUCAGAGGAUCAGCUCUUCCGYUCCGUGGAGGGCCAGGCUGCCUCCGACGAGGAGGACGAGAAGUGGGCAGGAGAGCGAGCUCCCCGGCUGCAGCACGUGCACCAGAUCCUGGCCAGGCUCCCUUGCUGCGGCAGUGGAUGUGAUGAAAAGACGUGGAGAAAGCUGCUCUCCUACUUGGAGACCACCACCAACACCGACAGCUCCACCACAGCGCCUGCAGAGCUCUCGGGGGGAACCUCCCCUCUCAUGGAGCAGCUGGAGCUCAAGGGGCACCCMGGGAGAAAACUGGAGACAACCAUGGAAGAGGUGGAAGGGCCCCUGCUUGGGGAGCUGCAGCAGAAGGUGGAGGAGGCAGAGCUGCUCAAGGUGGAGCUGCAGAUGCUGGAGACUGAGAGGGUCCGGCUGUCCCUGGUGGAGGAGAAGCUCAUGGAUGUUCUGCAGCUUCUCCAACAGCUCCGAGACCUGAACAUAUCUAAGCGAGCCCUGGGGAAAAUCCUGCUGAGCACUUUGGAMUCCUGCCGUGACCCCCAGCCUGGCAAGGCACAGCUGUUUGAGGUGCUGGACACGCUGCAGCAGGAGCUGGCUGCCUGUGAGCUGCUGCACCAGCA